AGUCGCCGUCCCUAAGAUGGAAGACCUUAAGAUUGAAGACAAGGAGGAGGACAAGAAGCCUGACGAGGUCGAAGACGACGACGGCGAGGACGACGACGAGGAUGGGGCAAAUGGAGCGGCAGGAGAUGCGCAAAAGAAGAAGAAGAAGAAGAAAAACCAAAAAGAAGAAGGUCGCUAUGGUCCAAUCUGAGCCCCCCCGCGUUGGCUUGAGCAAGAUCUUCCGCAACGGCGUGUACCCUGUCGGCGAGGAGGUCGAGUACAAGAACGACACCACAUCCCGUAUUACAUCCGAAGAAAUGCGCGAGAAGGAGCGCCUGGCGCAGGAGGACCCCACGGACACAUAUCAGAAUAUCCGCAAGGCGGCCGAGGUUCACCGGCAAGUACGACAGUAUGCGGCGCGCAACAUCAAGCCAGGCAUGACCAUGAUUGAGAUUGCCGACAUGAUCGAGAACGGCACUCGUGCAUUGGUCGAGGAGAAUGGGUUCGAGGCGGGCAUUGGCUUCCCAACAGGUUUGAGCACGAACGAGGUUGCGGCGCACUACUCGCCCAACCCCGGGGACACCAAGGUGCUGCAGAAAAGCGACGUGCUGAAGGUCGACUUUGGUGUCCACGUCAAGGGGCGAAUCGUCGACUCGGCGUUUACCCUCAACUGGGAGCCGACGUGGGACAAGCUGCUUGAGGCGGUCAAGGACGCGACGAACACCGGUAUCGCUGCGGCGGGGAUUGAUGUGCGACUGUGUGACAUCGGCGAGCAGAUCCAGGAGGUCAUGGAGAGCUACGAGGUCGAGGUCAACGGCAAGGUGUACCCCGUCAAGUCGAUCCGCAACCUGAACGGACACAGCAUCGUCCCCUACACUAUCCACGGCGGGCACGACGGCAUUCCCGGUAAGAGUGUGCCGAUUGUCAAGCAGUUUGGCGCAGCAAAGGACACGACUCGCAUGGAGGAGGGCGAGUACUUUGCGAUUGAGACGUUCGGAAGCACGGGCAACGGCCGUGUCGACGAGGACGGCACGUGCAGCCACUACGCGCUCUCACCGCAGCAGCCGGCAAACUACACCCUGCGUCACCAGUCGGCCAAGAACCUCCUUAAGAGCAUCAAAGCCAACUUCGGCACCCUCCCCUUCUGCCGCCGCUACCUCGAGCACGUCGGCGAGAAGAACUACCUGCUCGGCCUAAACACGCUUGUGCGCGAGGGCAUUCUCUCCGACUAUCCCCCGCUUGUUGAUCACGCACCCGGGGCGCAGACGGCUCAGUUUGAGCACACCAUUCUCCUCCGCCCGACGUGCAAGGAGGUCGUUUCGCGUGGUGACGACUACUAGUGUCGCUGUUGUAGCAUGUAGAGUUGUGCAGAUGUAGUGCGUCGUAUGGAAGCAGCUGCCCGUACCACAUCGCGGCGAGUGUGCAUUACAUUGC